AUGGCCUUCUGCGAGGUGUCCCAGGACCAGUCGGCUGGAACUCCUGCUGCGGCAGGUGACUUCGGAUUCAAGGUGCUCACCGCAUCCGACCCGGAGGCCAAGAAAACUAAGCUUGCAGCCGAGCUCGCGAACGGUCGCCUGGCCAUGAUGGCCAUCAUCGGCAUGUUCUUUCAGGAUGGCUUGACCGGAAGCGCCUGGGGUGACUGGGCCAACUACACCGCUUCUCCUCUGCGAGCUUUCGAGAACGAGCUCGGCGUGCAGGCACCAGUCGGAUUUUGGGAUCCCGCUGGCUUUACCGCGGACGGCAGCACCGAGAACUUUGCACGCAGGCGCCAGACGGAGUUGAAGCAUGGCAGGAUUUCCAUGCUGGCAACCAUGGGCUAUAUCACUCCUGAGAUCACGGGAAAAUUCCCGGGCUAUCUGAGCCCUUCCGCAGGCUUGAAGUUCGCGGAUGUCCCUAACGGACUUGCGGCAAUUUCCAAGGUGCCCGCUGCGGGCUGGGGUCAGAUCUUGGCUUACAUGGCCUUCUGCGAGGUGUCCCAGGACCAGUCGGCUGGAACUCCUGCUGCGGCAGGUGACUUCGGAUUCAAGGUGCUCACCGCAUCCGACCCGGAGGCCAAGAAAACUAAGCUUGCAGCCGAGCUCGCGAACGGUCGCCUGGCCAUGAUGGCCAUCAUCGGCAUGUUCUUUCAGGAUGGCUUGACCGGAAGCGCCUGGGGUGACUGGGCCAACUACACCGCUUCUCCUCUGCGAGCUUUCGAGAACGAGCUCGGCGUGCAGGCACCAGUCGGAUUUUGGGAUCCCGCUGGCUUUACCGCGGACGGCAGCACCGAGAACUUUGCACGCAGGCGCCAGACGGAGUUGAAGCAUGGCAGGAUUUCCAUGCUGGCAACCAUGGGCUAUAUACUCCUGAGAUCACGGGAAAAUUCCCGGGCUAUCUGA